CAUUCCAUCAAAGAACAUAUACUACUUUAAUGGUUCGGUAAAAUGUUGGUUUUAUGCCACCCCUUUUCAAUCUGCCCACGUCUGAGGUGCUCCGGGAAGACGCACAAUCGUGAGCAGCUUACGACACUCAGUGAGCAGUAGGUGCCGGUGCAGGCUCGCGCCGCACACCGCCUGGCGGAGGGAAGGAGCCUGGGCGCCGCCCCGCGCCCCGCGCCCCGCGCCGCCGCCCGCGCCGCCUCCGCCCGCGCCUCCCGGCUGCCCUCAGUCCGCAAAGCAUGAGCGAACCCGCUCUCCGCAGCCGCCCCGGGCGCGAAUGGCAGGCUGUCUCCGAGGACUAAAAGGUAGCGCCGGUCAGUGGUCUUUUCCAAUGACGGACAUUAACGAGACUGUCAAAUCCUGGGGAGUCGCAAGCCCCGACUUUGGAGUUUUUUGCCCCCAGCACGUCACAGUUCGAACUGCAGAGGGAAAGGACAGCGGCAGGAAGGCGAAGACCGGGCUCCGGCACGUAGUUGGGAAACUUGCGGGUCCUAGAAGUCGCCUCCCCGCCUCGCCAGCCGCCCUUGCAGCCCCGAGCCGAGCAGCAAAGUGAGACAUUGUGCGCCUGCCAGAUCCGCUGGCCGCGGACCGGGGCUGCCUCGGAAACACAGAGGGGUCUUCUCUCGCCCUGCAUAUAAUUAGCCUGCACACAAAGGGAGCAGCUGAAUGGAGGUUGUCACUCUCUGGAAAAGGGUGGAUUUCUGACCGAGCGCUUCCAAUGGACAUUCUCCAGCCUCUCUGGAAAGAUUCUCGCUAAUGGAUUUCCUGCUCGGUCUCUGUCUAUACUGGAUGCUGAGGAGGCCCUCGGGGGUGGUCUUGUGUCUGCUGGGGGCCUGCUUUCAGAUGCUGCCCGCCGCCCCCAGCGGGUGCCCGCAGCUGUGCCGGUGCGAGGGGCGGCUGCUGUACUGCGAGGCGCUCAACCUCACCGAGACGCCCCACAACCUGUCUGGCCUGCUGGGCUUGUCCCUGCGCUACAACAGCCUCUCGGAGCUGCGCGCCGGCCAGUUCACGGGGUUAAUGCAGCUCACGUGGCUCUAUCUGGAUCACAAUCACAUCUGCUCGGUGCAGGGGGACGCCUUUCAGAAACUGCGCCGAGUUAAGGAACUCACACUGAGUUCCAACCAGAUUACCCAACUGGCCAACACCACCUUCCGGCCCAUGCCCAACCUGCGCAGCGUGGACCUCUCGUACAACAAGCUGCAGGCGCUGGCGCCGGACCUCUUCCACGGGCUGCGGAAGCUCACCACACUGCACAUGCGAGCCAACGCCAUCCAGUUCGUACCCGUGCGCAUCUUCCAGGACUGCCGCAGCCUCAAGUUUCUUGACAUCGGAUACAAUCAGCUCAAGAGUCUGGCGCGCAACUCUUUCGCCGGCUUGUUCAAGCUCACUGAGCUGCACCUGGAGCACAACGACUUGAUCAAGGUGAACUUCGCCCACUUCCCGCGCCUCAUCUCCCUGAACUCGCUCUGCCUGAGGAGGAAUAAAGUGGCCAUUGUAGUUAGCUCGCUGGACUGGGUUUGGAACCUGGAGAAAAUGGACCUGUCGGGCAACGAGAUCGAAUACAUGGAGCCCCAUGUGUUCGAGACCGUGCCGCACCUGCAGUCUCUGCAGCUGGACUCCAACCGCCUCACCUACAUCGAGCCCCGGAUCCUCAACUCCUGGAAGUCGCUAACUAGCAUCACCCUGGCGGGGAACCUAUGGGACUGCGGGCGCAACGUGUGCGCCCUGGCCUCAUGGCUCAGCAACUUCCAGGGGCGCUACGACGGCAACUUGCAGUGCGCCAGCCCGGAAUACGCACAGGGCGAGGAUGUCCUGGACGCCGUGUACGCCUUCCACUUGUGCGAGGACGGAGCUGAGCCCACCAGCGACCACCUGCUCUCCGCGGUCACCAACCGCAGUGACCUGGGCCCUCCUGCCAGUCCUGACACCACACUCACUGACGGCAGGGAGGGGCAGCUCGAGGGCACUCCAGAGCCGGCUACUGUGGCACUCCCUGGCGGCGAACACGCCGAGAACGCUGUGCAGAUCCACAAGGUAGUCACAGGCACCAUGGCCCUCAUUUUCUCCUUCCUCAUCGUGGUCCUGGUGCUCUAUGUCUCCUGGAAGUGUUUCCCUGCUAGCCUCAGGCAGCUCAGACAGUGCUUUGUCACGCAGCGCAGGAAGCAAAAGCAGAAACAGACCAUGCAUCAGAUGGCUGCCAUGUCUGCCCAGGAAUACUACGUUGAUUACAAACCCAACCAUAUUGAGGGAGCCCUGGUGAUCAUCAAUGAGUAUGGCUCGUGUACCUGCCACCAGCAGCCCGCGAGGGAAUGCGAGGUGUGACCGUCCCCGUGGCUCUCACCCGUGCGCUACCAAAUACGCCUGGGCAGCCGGGGAAGGCCCGGGAGCGCCAGGCUGGGGUCUGCCGUCUUUGCUCUGAUAACUCUCCUUGACUGAAACUGUAAGGGGAUCGCUCCCAGAGACUUGACAUUUUGGCUUUAUUGUGUCUUAAAAACAAAAAUGAAAUAAAACAACAAAAAUCCACCCCACAACCUUCAGGACAGUCUAUCUUAAAUUUCAUAUGAGAACUCCUUCCUCCCUUUGAAGAUCUGUCCAUAUUCAGGAAUCUGAGAGUGUAAAAAGGUACCAAUCAUUGAUUUUUUUUUGUAAACUAAAAUGUUUAAAAUAAAAUAGCAUUUACAGUUUUUACAGACUGGAGUAAUCUAAAUGAGUUGUUACCUGUGUUAAAAGACAAGCAACAGUUAAAAAUUCCCUUCCCGCUGAGUGUGUGGGGGGAGUGGGGGUGGAGGGAGGAGGGACAGUGUGGCUAGUAGCCAGAAGAAAGAACCCUAAAUUCAGGAGCAAAGUAGUCAGACUUCAUCUGAAAUAUUUAAAAAGACAAACAGAAUUAUCAGGUUAGUUUUUCUCCACAUGACUAAAGACUGAAAAAAAGCCAGACCCUUUAUUAUUUUUAGGGGGUGCAAUGCAAUCUAACCACUUUAAAGCAAGUGAAAGGUGGACCAAGCAUCCACUCAGCCUUGAAAACAGGGAUCAUUGCAAAUGGCUUUUAAAAGGCAGUGCCAGACAGCUUGUCCUAUUAACAAGAAACAUUGUUUUGGACUUAAUAUAGCCAUCUUUCAAGCCAAUUCAAAAUCUCACCCCCAAAUGCCAGUGGUUCAAAAUUCUCUUAUGCCUUUUAGUCACCAGACUUAGUAGCAUUUGUACCCUUUUCCCUACUCUUCCCUGAAAGAGCGGCCCUCAGUUCCUGCUCUCUGUGGUCUGAUUGAGGGGAAUCAGACGGAAUUCAAAUGUUUGGUGAUGAAAGCUGUGCUUUCUGGAGCACAUUGCUAAGAUUGCAGCAAGCUGAGGUUCUCAGCAGCGAUAGCACACUCCUAGUUACUAUGGGGAACAGUCAGAAAAAUCCUGCCUCAUGAUCAAUGUCACUGGGUAAAGCCUUGUAGCAGGAGACUUUGGGGGCAGAUGUGAUGCAGAAGUGAUAUGUGUGGGGUAGGCUGGUGGGGGUGGGGAGAUCAUCAUUUGACCCUGUGUUUGAUUGAGUGCCUUAACUGAAGUGGGAUCAAUUUGUUAAUCCAGGACAAAAGCUAUCUUCUCAGAUUGCCUUUUUGUGUAAUGCUUGCUUUUCCUGUGUUGUUUCACUUUUUUUCUGUGUUGGGAUCAAUGACUUCUCCAUCCUACCCGUCAUAGGUAGGUUUCCAGGUUCACUGUUGAGAUUUAGGUUAUUUAUUGAAGAGUAGUAUCACUUGGUGGGUGCGGAGAAGGGGAAGGGAAGGAAGAUGAGGAGGAGGAGGAAAAGGAGGAAGAGGAGGAGGAUGAAUGUGUGUGUGUGUUGGAUGGGAGGGGUCUUUCCCUCACUAACAAUGUAAGCAAAUGUAUGAUUGAAAUAAACUAUCAUGGAUGGCAAAUGGUGAACACGAAACCAAUGUUGUCCAUGUCCAGAAGUCUUUCUCAAACUCAGGUGGCUCACUCACCCUUCGGAAUGAUCCUACAGAGUAGCAUUUUCUUCUCCUUUUUCGAGAAAUCCAAAUAGCAGGAAGAGGGCUGGAAAAAUCUACACUACCAUUUCCCAAAUUGCAAAUGCCACCAGCCACCCAACUAGAGGAUCAGCUGUUUGAAAUGCAGAAUGGCCUCUCCAGGAGAUUUACUUAAACUGAGGUUUGGUAGCAGAUUUCUUUUCUACUUAAGGAGAAACCAAUAUGCCUAACAAUACUGCUUCUAACUGCUUCUUUCAAGAGAAAUAUUUUGCAAAUAUCUCUAAGAUGUUAAGCCUUGAGAGACAGCCACAGGCCCCUCCCAACACACCAGCUUGGGAAACUGCUUCUUGCUUUGUUUCUAAUUAAAACAUGACAUUAUGACAUAUACCAUGAACCUAACACCCAUUUAGAUUGGUAAUGUUCUCCAAGAGAGGUGUUUGAGAACUUUGAGGAGGGGGUCCUGGAUUUGAUCUCAGCACCAUCAUCGGGGGCUGCUGUUUUGAAUAGGAUAUCACAGGGUUGGCAGGGCUAGCAGGGACAAGGAUCUUUUGGUGAUGUAUCUCACAUCUAAAGUUAAAACCCCACUGAAGAGGUCUCUCCAAAAA